UGUACUUCCUGUAGGAGAAGCUCAGUCAGCUGUCACAAACAGAGGGGAGAAGAGGGACCGUGGCCUAGGAUAAAUACACGACGACAGCGAAAAUGUCUAACUUUUCCAACAAGUUUAGCGAGUACUCGUUGACACAGCUCAACGAAAUUCUCGAGGACGACGAAAAACUUACCAAAAUGAUUCAAGCGAUGGACGAGAUGCAAGAAGUCCAGCUAAGCAAAGCGACAACACUGGUAAACAACAGAACCCUGGCAGAGGAAAACCUUGCCCUCCAGCCUGGACUGGAGCUCAAGAAAGAGAAACUCACUAAGACAUAUGGCUGUCUUCAAGAAAGCUUUGACGCCUAUCAGCUGCGCAAGACCACUCUAGACCACAAGUCAGGAAACACAUCACUGGACAUUCUGUUGGCUCUACUGCAGGCAGAGGGAGCCAAAAUAGAGGAGGAAACAGAGAAUAUGGCUGAUUCUUUCCUGGAUGGUGACAUGACCCUGGAAGCCUUCAUUGAUUCCUACCAGAACCAGAGGAAGUUGGCACACUUGAGAAGGGUGAAGAUCGAGAAGCUGCAGGAGAUGGUGCUGAAGGGUCAGCAGCUUCCACAGGCAUCCGUAUCGACCUCCCGAUCUCAGGAUAUGUCAGCUGGAGCCAGGCCCUCAUCCUCCCUCCUCACUGAGGCAGGCAGUGACUCAUCCCCUCUACUUCAACCCAGGAGGAAGCCUCCGCCUCCCCCAUCCCAGACAGCCCCACUACUAAAUCCAGCUCCAACUGUUCCCCCCCAGCCUUCGACCUACUAUGCUGUAUCACCAUAUCCGCCAAUUCCUCCCAGAACGGGCCAACCCUAUCCGAAUGUUUCAUCAGGCUAUCCUUUCUUAGCGCAGUACGCACCUGCUUUGCCACAGAGAACCCCCCCUCGUGUGGCCCCGCAGCCUGGCUUCAUCAUUCAGUGAAAAAUAGCCAUUGCCACCCAAGAGUUAACAGUGUAUGCCAAGGACACUUCACUACUGGAACUCUUGAACAAUUUUACGUGGCGUUUGCCAUCUUUUGAUUAUGACCAACCCCAGACAGACCAGAAGGCAGACCAGCAACGUCUGCAAUAGCAACGUUUAGCUGAUGUCUAUCUGUAAUUGUGGGGAUAUGUGUGCACCUCUCACUCACCACUCCCAUCAACACUCCAAACUACAACAAAAUAUGGCAAUAUCAGCCUGGCCUCCAGUUGGCCCAAAUCUUCACAGAGGCAGCACCCAGUGUAGCCUAUAAUGACACAAGCUGUAGUGUGUGGGCUGUUGAACUUGUCAUCUAUUAGCACUUUUUGUCUGCAUUUAGUGCCCUCAGCUCUUUAAGUCUAUUAGUUUUGAUCUCUCCACUCUCCCGGCAUGUUCCUGAAGCUUUGCUCGAACUCGGGAGGAAAGUAGGUUUACUUAGUCAUUGUUUUCCAACUGCAACAUACUAAUAUUACUGGUUGUGUGUAUGCAAACAGAGACCAUAUUUACUGUGUUUUGACAAAAAUAUCAUUUCCCAGAAUAUAUUCAGGGGGAAAGCAUCUACGCUGUGACUUUUUAAAAAAAAAAAAAAGAAUUAUGUAUGUAUACACGUUCACAUGGUACAUAGAAAAUCACUUAAUUUCAGCAUCAUUUUAUUAAAUAGUACUUAAUAGAUAUAUGUUAAUGAAAAACAGUCUAGACUGAUCAACACAUGUAAAGGAAAACUUUGUUUGAUGACUCAAAAUGCAACGUGUCUCAGAAGGUCCAGACCUGCCUUAUUCAAGAGGGCUGACUUUUGCGUGUAGUCCAAUAUCAGGGCAGAUGUCAAAAGGGACUUGACAAGAUGGGUGGCUGAGUCAAGUCCAAGAUGAAGGAUUUUUACAUUGCCAUACAGUACAAUUUGUUUUUGUGUCUUCUCUGGAUUCAUGUGUGCAGCACUCCGUGUCUCUCUUGUCUUCAACACCCUUGGUUUGGUCUGGAGCUUCUUCCAACAAUUCAAUUGACACUAACCCUAUACCAGGUUGAUCUCAAACAUAUGCUUACACGCUCAGUGUGAGGCCGCAGACUUCAUGCAUUACUGUGUUGGACAGUUGUUGUUGUUUUGUUUGUUUUUUUUGCAAAAGAAAUCUUUGGUCACAUUGUCUGCCAUGUUAUAUGUGGAUCAGAAAUUUUUUUACACAUGCAAACCAGAUUUCUUCAAGAGGGACUUGCAAGACUAGCCACGUGUUGGAAUUCAUCUUUUGUGGUGUAUCCAGAACAUCAUUUUUCACCUUUACUGCUGUUGCUGUGCACUGUUUAAGAGCCAUGAGUGCCUACAGGUGUAGUGGCGUUGACCACGUCCUGCUGACUGCUCCAUUUUGUCUCGUCUCCUCAUGGACUUGGCCACGUUGGGAAAGUUUAUUAGUUCUUCUUCUGAAAAGAGCAGCUUUAUGACUGUCAAGUCUGUCAGUGUUUGCUCUCACAAGAAGCAGAAGGCCAUAGCAUUGUGGCUGUGCCAGUGUGACAUCGUUAGGCUUUGUACCUACUGGUGCUUGUGAUCGCCCAUAUUCUUCCUAUAUUGUGCUGAGAUAUGCCUGGCUUGACUUCAAAUAUGUUUGCAUGUUGUUUUUUUUACCCCAUGUGUGAAAUAACAGGGCUUUGAAAUGUCAUCUGUCAGUUGUAUUUACCCACAAGAGUAUAAGGAUUACAGAUUUGAAAGCUAAAUCAUCAAUGACUUGUGAAAAAGCAUUUCUAAUGAAUACUGGAUAAUUAUUUUGUGCAUGGCCUUUGUGCUUUGUCUGAAAACUCCUCUUAAUACUUAUUUUAGCUGCUGUUCGGCUGACCUGAUACCUGUAGCCAUGGUUUUAUGUGGUUGGUGAUAUUUUCAGUGUACUGUUGAGGUGUUUACUUAUUCUGAAUGUUUAGGUGGAAUUGUAUGCUAUUUUCAAGUUCAAUAAAUCUCAGAUUUUUGUAUCA